GCUCUCACUUUCCCAGCUGCUGACGUCAGCUGGCAGCCUGGGCAGUGCUCGCCGCUCCGGACAUAGCGCGGAGAAAAAUGCUGCUCUCCGUACCGCCAAGGGCAGGAAUCAACCCGUACAGCGGCUUUACCAACAGAAACAGCAAAAAGCAGGCCUAUGUGUCCUCCGGCCACCAGAUGGCUCCCCCUAGUCCCAACAACAACAGUAGCAGCAACAGUGGCGGAGGAGAACAGCUGAGUAAAACCAACCUCUAUAUCCGUGGCCUUCAUCCCGGGACUACGGACCAAGACCUGGUCAAGCUCUGCCAACCGUAUGGCAAGAUUGUGUCAACCAAAGCCAUCUUGGAUAAAACCACCAACAAAUGUAAAGGCUAUGGCUUUGUGGACUUUGACAGUCCAGCAGCAGCUCAGAAAGCAGUUACAGCGCUGAAAGCCAGUGGCGUCCAGGCACAGAUGGCUAAACAACAAGAACAGGACCCCACCAACCUGUACAUCUCCAACCUGCCAGUGUCCAUGGACGAGCAGGAACUGGAGAGCAUGCUAAAGUCCUUUGGCCAGGUCAUUUCCACGCGCAUUCUGCGAGAUGCCAACGGGACCAGCCGCGGCGUGGGUUUCGCCAGGAUGGAGUCCACAGAGAAGUGUGAGGCCAUCAUUCAACAUUUCAAUGGCAAAUUCAUCAAGACACCACCGGGGGUUCCAGUGCCCACAGAGCCAUUAUUAUGUAAGUUUGCUGACGGGGGUCAGAAAAAGAGGCAGAACCAGGGGAAGUACCUCCCCAACGGAAGGCCCUGGGCCAGAGACGGAGAGACUGGAGGAAUGACGCUUGCCUACGACCCCACCGCUUUACAAAAUGGCUUCUACUCCUCGCCGUACAGUCUGACUCCAAACCGAAUGAUCGCCCAGACGUCCCUGUCCCCGUACAUGCAUUCUCCUGUCUCAUCCUACCAGGUACACAGCCCGUCCUGGAUGCACCAUCAGUCAUACCUCAUGCAGCCAGCUGGUACAGUUCUAACUCCAACAAUGGAUCACGCCAUGUCCAUCCAGCCCACGUCCAUGAUGGGACCCCUCACCCAGCAGCUAAGCCACCUGUCCCUGGGCAGCACGGGCACAUAUAUUCCGGCCAACACGACUAUGCAGGGGACUUACAUCCCCCAGUACACCCCAGUGCCUCCCUCCAGUGUCCAAGUUGAGGAGAAUGGUGGUCAACAGCAACAGGUUGCCAUGGAAACCCCUGCGGAACACACUAACUACUCGUACCAACACACCAAGUGAAGCUAAGCGCCAUGAGAGUGGGGCUGAGGUCAUGUGAUGAAUCCAGCCAAUCAGAGGUCACCUCAAAGAAAACUUUGCUCCGUAUCGUCACCAAUCAGCCGGACUUGAACAUGGAUGACAAAAGGAACGUACGUGCGUGUGUGUGUGUGUGCGUGCGUGCGUGCGCGUGUGUGGGUGCGUGUGUGUUUUCUUCAGUUUUAAAGAAACAGGACAACAACUUAUGUGAACUACCAAAGGAGGUCGUCAUCUCCGGAGAAGAUCUCAUCUAUUUUGAUAACUCAAACAAAGGAACACGACAAAACAGGAAACAAAUUAGGAGGAAAAGACCAGAGCGUUAUUUUUAUGCAUGUUAUAUAACAAAUUCUUAUUUUUCAAAAAAAUGCAUUCUGGAUGUUUCAGAGUGCUCCAAGUUGAAAGCGUUGCAACACAAUGUGUCUUUUAUUUGUUUUUGUUUGGUGAAAUAUGCAAUUGUUUAGAAUUUCCUGAUGUCUGUUGUUUUGACAUUCUAUUUGCAGUGGCGGGACAACACGUGUGUUCAGGUUAGAGAAAAGUAAAAGAGAAAAGAAAAAAACUUGCUGGAUGUGACGCGGGAGGCAAACCGUUUAAAGCUACUUCUUCCUCGUUGAACUGCUGCAGAGAUUUCUAUUCAUGCACAGAUGAUAGAAACACUUAUUUAUCCUUUUUAGUCCUUUUUUUAAAAAAGAAAUGUGUGAAUUGAGUGAACAAAAGACAAUCAAUUAUUUCUAUUUAUAUUUGACUUAUUUUUCUAUUUUUUUUCCAGAGUUUUUUAGACCAUUGACACAUACGUUUAUUAAAAAAACAAAAAAAGAGGUUAUUUGACAGUGGGGUCUCCUAAGACUGUAAAAACAAGCCACGCAGUGAUAAGCUGACAUUUGGGACCCUUUUCACGGUCUCUCAUCUGAGGAUGAUCUUUUUUCACGCUACCUGUACUUGCUAAAUAAUGAUGGUUUUAUUUUUCAUGAUGGAAGUAAAUAUUUAUAGAAACAGGUGGCAGGAGUGCAGCAGUUUAACAUAUGAAUAAUUCCUUUUUAUGAAACAUCUGGAAAACAAAACCCCUUCCUGCAAUCAGAACUAAAAUCAGUAGUAGAGAAAGCAAGGAGAGCAAAUAAAAGCAGGAAAGCACAACAUUGAGAUGCUAAAGUGCUAACAACAGAGUGUCUUUCUCCAUUCCUUCUUCUUCUGAAUAUUUUGUGCCUUUUUGCAAAAGCAAGCACCAGGCAGUGAUGACAAUUCUUCAGUCAGGAACGUAGCCAUUGGCUGUCCUACAAGUCACUAGAUGACAUCAUCGGCUAGUUAGCAUCCUGCACGUUUCAGUCACUUUGUCACUGAAAAGUCUCCAAAACGCUAGAAAGUAACUUGUUUUGUCACAUUUUGGGAAUUUUAAGUCAGCUUUGAAACGUUGCCGAUUGAGGGAAUUUUUGGUGAAUCACGUAAAACAUGAAUCGCAUUUGACCUUUUUGUUUGUUUACACACAGACUCUUACGCUCGCUGUUCUGUUCCCUAUUGUCAGCCGGUAGAGGCAGAGGGCCGCCCCACGCAGUCUCAGAGAGUUUUUCCUUGCCUCUGUCGCCAAAGUGCUCACUUGGUUUUCUUUAAGUGCAUGAGGGAGCGUGGUUCCAGUGCCUUCAGCUAACUUCUGUUGUGGAUUGGCGCUACAAAAAUAAAAUGGGGACAUCAGCAAACACGAGUAAGCAGAAACUCUCGGGAGAGACAGAGGCAUAAAGUUACGGUGCAACAGAUGGUCCUCAGUGGUUACGUGUGCGCUGUCGUAAAUUAACGUAAACACCAGACUCGAGUCGUGUUAGAGCGGAAGAAUACACGAUGUGUAGCUCACGUGCAGCUACACGACUCUAAACACUUGAUAGUCGCGACCAUCAUUAAGGAUCAAGAUGGUAUUGUAGGCUGCUGUCGGCAGCAGCCACGCCAAAACAUCAGCAAACUCACACUCAUGUCACGUUCACAGACAGUCGGAAUUGGCAAAAUUGUUUAACCCUGCACAUAACUGCCAGGUCGCGACUGUAUCCUUGAGCAUGUUCAAUAAUCUGCUCCUAUGACAGUGACAGUAAUAACCAGAGGUUGGGGAAGUCAGUGUUUUGCAAGUCUCGUCUUGAAUCCCGAGUCAAGUCUCAAGUCAAGACAAGUCCAAGGUCAGAGGCUUGAAAUUUGAGUUAGAACCCUGUUUAGUGUCUCCCAAAUAAAAUGCCAUUUUUAACAAUGUAACAAUCGAUUCCAUUUGGCAAAUGUAAUGAACACAUUUUAUGUUGUUUUAUUUUUUAAAUAAAAUAAGACCAGUUUGGCAAGACCGUGCUGGAUUUAUAUCAUCCACACAUCCGUUGUUUGUUCUUAAACCUGAUUGGACGUUAAUACUGUAGAUGCAUUCAAUGAGGCAGAUUCUGUGGGAAAACAUGUUGUCUUGCUGGAAGUGACAUAACAAUGAUCACAUAGUUGAACACUUUGAUUUUACUCAACACACUCACUGAAAAUCUCAAGUAUUUUUAAGUCAUCAGACUAAAGUUUGAGUCAUGGCCCGAGUCACCGGUGUCAAAGUUCAAGUCAAGUUGCAAAUCUUUGAUGAUAUUGUCAAGCUGAAUCAAAAAUGAUCAAAAUUGUGACUAAGCAGUGUAGUAGUCUUUUUAAAAUGUCAUUCUUGUAUUGUACUGUAUGUCCUUCGUGUGUUGUGUGAGUGACCUAAGUGUUCAUGGAAGUAGUAGGAGUUCCGACUUUCGCUAAAAUUCGACUUACAAUGUGUCGUGGGAACGGUUUGUAACCUGAGGACCACCUGUAUUUUUGUUAUAAUGGUUGGGCAUCUUGUGGUGGCGGGUGGGCGAGUGUCAGCUGUUCACGCUCCCAGUCGCCAUGUUGAGAAGUGGUUUUAAGCGGUUUUGUUGAAGCAACUCUUUGGGUAUCGCUUGAUUCCUACUCGAGCCGCGAGGAGGACCUGGGUCAGAGAAAUGAGCACAGCGGCUGUGUCUUAAAUGGAAUACAUCCAUCAGUACACUUUAAUAAGUAUACUGUGUACACUGUGUACUUAGUUUCUGAGUGUGCCAAUUUUGACAGUGUAGUGCUGUCCCAAGCCCAUUGCUGUCGUUAUGCACUUACCGGAAAUGACGAUCGGAAUAAUCGUCUUCUCUCUUUUGUAAUGGCGAAUUGCAACCACUCGACGGAGCAUUACCACCCGAUAAAAUAUCUACCAUAUCUCUUUUUCACGAUCAACAGGUGGAUCGCCACAGUAAUGCUGUUGCUGGAUCGGACCGUUGUGGUGAGAGAGCUGAGCUGGAUGGCAAAGCCCUCAAUUUACCAGUCAAUCUAUGUUUCCACCCUCACCUGUGGUCAUGAGAUUUGGGUCGUGACGGAAAGAAUGAGAUUGCGGCUGAAAUGAGUUUCCUCCGUAGGGUAGCUGGACUCACCCUAAGAAACAGGGUGAGGAGCUUGGUCAUCCGUGAGGAUCUCAGAGUAGCGCCACUGCUCCUUCACAUGGAAAGGAGCCAGUUGAGGUGGCUCAGGCAUCUAGUCCGGAUGCCUCCCUGGUGAGGUGUUCCUGGCAUGCACAGCCAGGAGGAGGCCCCGGGGCAGACCUAGGACACUGGAGGGCUCAUGUCUGACAGCUGGCCUGGGAAUGCCUUGUGUACUCCAGGCGGAACUGGAAGAGGUGGCCAGAGACUGGGAAGUUUGGACUUUCCUCCUUAGACUGCUGCCCCUGCAACUCAAACCCAGACAAGCAAAAGAAUGGCUUUUUCUCACUUGCGUGUAAACCCUGCUUCAAAAGAGGCACUGCUUUUCGUUUAGUAGUCCCUCCCCGUCCGCUACGUAGCCAGAUGGCUGACUAUCGCACUGUGCACUCACCGUUUUGGCCGUUUUACAAUGCUCGGGUACUAACUAUGUACCGCAUUUUGCCCUACUUCUAAGUGUGAAUGCAUUUACGCGCUCAAAUGACUAAGUGCAAGUGGGCCAAUUGAGACACAGCCGGAUGCUCAACGGAGGAAGCAAAGACAUGAGGGAAGUCACAUGGACGACGUGGACGUUCUCCUUUGUGGCUGUAAGUCUUUUCUCAAUGCUGCUGUUGUCAACUGAGUUUAAGUCAUUGAUUUAUUUUUUUUUGUAUAAAGUUUUUUCUUUUUGACUGUCACUUGAAAACUUUUUUGAGCUAACUUGCCUUACUUUUGGAUGACCUUUGAAGUAGACGACCUUUGUAGCGUUAGAUGCUAGUUUGUAGUCUUUUCUUUUGCUCUUCACAUUUUGAUUCGCACCAAUCUCCGUUCCAAACCUCGCGUCGCUUUUGUAUCCUUGUUGUCGUGCUUUUGAGCCUUUUUGUAAAUAAAAAAAAAGGAGGAAAAAAAAACCAAAUCCCUUUAACGCGGAGAGCUGAACCAAACUUGUUUAGUGCUGACUUGAAACAUUCAAAGCGACACCGCAUCCGUGUUGUUGCUCAAGCGGAGACUUUGAACACAAUCUUGCUCACACUCUCAUGUACACACAAACUGUCGGCUGAACAAAAAUGGCUGACAGGAGAGGACAUUUGUGACGCUUUUCCACUGCACACUCAACGUACCGUUUAGGUUUGCCCCCCAUCACAAACAAACAAUGGAGCAGAAUGAGGGUCUCGUAUUUACUUCCAAGGAGUCUCUGUUUUAUUCAAGAGGAGAUUGAGGGCAGGAAGAAAAAAAAAUCGCUGCUCCAAAGUGGACACUAAUGGUGGGACUCUUGUAACUUGUAUCAUUGGCAAAGAUGUUUUCUCAAUGAUACAUAUCACAUUUUAUUCAAAAGGAGACUGAGGGCAACAAGAAAAAGGACUGCUGUGUCAAAGUGGACACUAAGAGUGGGAAUCUCAUUGUUACAUGAAUAGUAUCAUAGGCAAAGAUGUCUUGUAAUUGAUGUAUUACGUAUUUUAUUUAAAAGGAGACUCAGGGCAGCAAGAGAACGGGCCACUGCAUCAAAGUGGACAUUACGGGUGGGAGUCACCUUGAAACUUGUAUCAUUGGAAAAUAUAUUUUCUCAUUGAUGUUACACUUUUUAUUCCAAAGAAGACUGAGGGCGGCAAGAGAAAGGCUUGCUGCAGCAAAGUGGACACUAUGGGUGGGAUUCACGUAGUAACUUUUAUUGUAUCAUUGGCAAAAAUAUUUUCUUACUGAUAUAGCGCAUGUUUUAUUCAAGAGGAGACUCAGGGCAGCAAGAGAAAGGGCCGUCACACCAAAAUGGACACCACCGGUGGGAAUCGCUCGUAAUUUGUAUAGUAUCUUUGGGGUAAAAUGUUUUGUCAUUGAUAUUUUACACGUUUUAUUCAAAAAGAGAUUGAGGGCAGCAAGCAAAAGGGCUGUUGACACUCGUAACAUGUAUCUUUGGGGAAAAAUGUUUUGUAAUUGAUAUUUUACACGUUUUAUUCAAGAGGAGGAGGAAAAGGAGGAGACUGAGGGCAACAAGAGAAAGGGCCGCUACAUCAAAGUGGACACUAAGGAUGGGAAUCACAUAGUAACUUUUAUCAUUGGUAAAGAUGUUUUAUAAAUGACAUACUGUAUUACACGUUCUAUUCAAAAGGAGAUUGAGGGCAUCAAGCGAAAGGGACGCUGUAUCAAAGGUGGCUACGGCUGGGAAUCGGCUGGGUAACUUGUAUUUUGUCAUUGGGAAAAUAUUUUCUCAUAGAUAUAUUACAUGUUUUAUUCAAAAGGAGGCUGAGGGCAACAAGAGAGAGUAUUUUUGGGGGGGGGGGGUUCUAUAUGCAGCACCCAAUGGCAAAAGUCUGGACGCCCCUGACCAUGGCGCUAUAUUGUCCUGCCCCUAGUGGACACUGUGUAACACUGCAGUUGCCAAAUGUACUCAACCAGUACUAUCACUUUUGUUCGUAGAAUAGUAACUCAAACCACAAAAGAGUGAAAGCAUUCUUGUUUGGAGCGUGCCUCUCUACCUGGUAGGAUAAAUACUUAGAUCCUGUCCUAUCUGGUUUUUGAGCAUGAACUGAUGAGGCCUGCUUGGAUAAGAGACAACCUCAACAGUCCAGCUGCCAUCGAUUCAAUGCCCUGAGAAAACAAGGGACCCGAUGAACAGCACCUCGCAGUGACUGAGAAUUCUCACAGACAUAAAAGUACCUCGUAGUAGCUGCUGUGCACAACGGCAAAUGUCAAUAGCGUGCAGUGGAAAAGAUGCCCAAGUGUCUAACAAGUGAGUGACAUGGAAAAGCUCAUCCUAGUCAAGCCUAUUUGUGUUCUUUCUCUGCGCGAACCGCCGAGCAGUCCAACAGGAUCGUCACAACACAACACGCCAACCGAUAAGCAACCCAGUCGCUUUGGCCGUAGCUGAGCUUUUUCUUCCCGUUGCUGUUUGGGUGCGGUGACAACAUGGUGACUCUGUUUUGCUGUUUAGUUUCAUUUGUGCAACCAAAGAUGUUGUAGUCGGACAAAGUUGCUCUUGUGACACCUGCUGGACAAAUUGCUUUUCACUCAAUAACGAAAGACUCAAAACGGCGUUUUUCCGAAUGCAUCGGGUUCUAUCGACACAUGGAGAGAACACAGGAAGUCCCGUGUGUAUACAGUACGUGUAUAAACUCUAUUGGGCGCAGAAGACUUCCAGGAGGAAUUCCGUGUGCAAUUCGAGAGAGCACAUUUUGUACAUAGUCUUUAUUAUUUUUUUCCACUUUUUCUUUACACCGUUUCUUUUUUUCUGCGUGCUUUCAUGUGUUGAUUUUGUUGUAUAAACUGUCCAGAUCUCACACAUCAUCCGAAUCCGUGGCGACAUGAAGGAGAAUGUCAUGGAAAUUGUUUAUAAGAGAAAUGAUAUUCUGUGUGUUCGCCAUCACUUUGAACUCAUACAUAAAAAAAAGGAUUUUGGAACUAUGAAAUGACAACUUGUUACAAUGCAGUGUUUAUUUAUUUGACGCUUUUCUACCAAAUUCUAAGCAGAGAUAACGUUACAGUGAAUGCGUCAUGGCUUUAAAUAGUAAUACUAUGAGACUAUGUCCUGAUAAAUGGUGCCUACAGUUUGCCACCAUGCACUUAUUUGUACUUUUAGUCAUUUGAUUGGAGAUUGAUGGCUUGUUUCAUAGCUUCAAAAUGUUUUGCUGCUAAAACAGGAUUUCUCAACAGGCGGUUGGUCGACGCCCACGUUGCAUUUUCAUCAUUUGGUCUCGUGUAAUCCCUCAUUUUUUCCAUAAUACGCAGGACUGGAUCCCCCAAGGAUGCAUAUCAAAGUGUCGAAAUCCUAUCAGAAACUAGGACUAACGUUUUGUCAACACUGAAUAAAGCGCAGACGUUUGAAAAUGCAGCGGGCGCCGCUCACCGCUUGCUUGUGAACACUUUUCUUAUUUAUACAAGAACUCAUUUUGUACAGUUUUGUUAAAGGAAAGAGCUUUUUGAUAUUUGGUUACUUUGCAAAGCCACUCGGCUACUGUUGUCUUCCUGUGCCAGAGUUUCUAAAAUUGUAACUUGUUGUUGUUUUUGUUUUUUUAUUGAUUAAGAAAAGAUUUUCCUUCUGUCUUGGUUUUCUCUUUGAAUUUGAAAAUGUCCAUUGUACUUUUUUUUUGUAAUAAAAAGCUUUGUUCCAGUGAAUGAAA